AUGGAUGCAGACUUUCCGCGGUCUGCCCGGGAAGCCGAAGAUCACAUCCGUCAAAUCCGUCGUGAUAAGGGCCUCGGCGAUGGUCCAGGGCAAAUUGGUAACAAUGGCGCCGACCUGGAAUCCGCUUUGAAAGUUCUAUCCCAUGAUCUGUACCAAACAGCGACGCACUUUCUGCUCGAACUCAUCCAAAAUGCCGACGACAACAUGUACACGGCUGACGCCCCGACGCUGGCCAUCACGUACAGGCCUGGGCGGGUCAGGAUCGAUUGCAACGAGCGCGGGUUUUCACGCAAGAACAUUGAAGCCAUUUGUCGCAUUUGCCAAAGUACGAAGAGCGGCAGAAGCAAAUCCGCUGGAUUUGUCGGUGAGAAAGGUAUCGGUUUCAAGGCCGUCUUCAAGGUAGCGUCAACCGUCUGGAUCUCCUCUGGGCACUACUCCUUCAGAUUCGACCGCGAUGGGCACCUCGGGAUGAUCGCUCCGAUCUGGGAUGCAUUUCCCGAAGCUCCCAAGCCUGGGUUUACCUCCAUCUAUCUGAAGCUGGCAAGAGACUGCAAUGAGGGGGGCAUUGUCGACGAGCUUCGCUCUUAUGAUGCCAAGAUUCUCAUAUUCCUUCGCCGUCUGCAGCGGCUCGAGAUUGACGUCCAACGGGAGUUCUGGAAGUCCGGCGACUUCAAGACGGUGCUCAGCCGGCAAGCGACUAUUUCAGGCAACCCUUCCAUGACGACAUUGAUGAAUGAUGGCGUCAAGAAGCAAUAUCUGGUUUGGCGCCACACAGUCAACCGAUUGCCCAACGACGCAAGAAGGCCUGGCAUAUCGAGCUCAGAGGUGGUCAUAGCAUUCCCUCUCGACAAGGACGGAGAAACCCCUCUCAUAGAGAGGCAGAGCGUCUAUGCAUUCUUGCCUAUCCGCGACUAUGACUUUAAGUUCCUACUUCAGGCAGACUUUCUGUUGUCUGCCAACCGCGAAGAUGUCCACGCUGAUCUGCCAUGGAACCUGGCGUUGACGACGGCUGUGCAAAAAGCCUUUCUCGACGCUGUCAGGCACAUGAGCAACCUCAGUAACAAGCUGCGCUACACGUGGUUCCGCUUCGUGACAUGCAGCUACAGCGCGCAUCUCGGCAUCUUCGCAGACCUGCAGAGAAAGCUGCUCGCGGAUCUCCAGAAGACGCAACUUCUCGACUCGACCUGGGGCCGAAAGAAGAAACCGACGAAGCUGACACGGGUACCCGAAAUCUUCUGCGACAACGACGGCCGGCCGUUCACGCUCCACUACAAGAAUGACGACCGCUACCUGUCGCCCAAGUACAGCCAGGACGAGCCCGACGCGAGCAGCCUCAGAGCUCUGGGCGUCAAGGACAUCACGCCGGAAGCCUUCAUGAACGAGAUUGACAAGCUGCUCAAGAAGCACCGCGGUCGUGUACUUGCGGCUCAGUCAAACUCGACCCUCGUCCCGGAAGGAAUCAAGAUUCGCAUUGUCGACCCCGAGGCGGCGGCUGACCCGGCGCGCAAGCUGCUCUUCGAGCACCUGGGCGUGGCGAACCUUUCCAGGCCGCUUGUCGCCAACAUGAUCAUCGACGCGCAUGCGAACGAGAAUUUUAAGCCGGACGGCCUGAAGCCCGCGACCUUGGUAUCGCACGCGCGGUAUGUCUAUCUAGAGAAUUGGGAGCAGAACGCUUAUCGGACGCAAGAGCUCUGGUUUGCUCCUCAAGAGGGCCCUUGCCGCAAGGGCUCAGCCAUGUAUCUCCCCCUGGACGUGCCGGGAGCCGCCAGCAGAGUCUUGCCGAAGGUGGCCAAUAGGGGCUACGGAUUCCUCCAUGCUUCCUAUCUCGAAGUACCUGAGCUCCAGAAGAAGAAGUGGCACGAUUAUCUCGUCAAGACACUAAAGGUCAGUGUAUAUCCUCGCCUCUGGGCCACGGAGCAAGUCGAGACCGAUUACCUGCACGCCGACUUCAACUACAUUGUGGAAAACGCAGGCCCCAUGGCUUGGAUGGUGCUGCUGCGCGAUGGAUGGAGUUACUACAGAGAGGUGCUCGAUACAAGCAUCACUGCCCUCGGGGCUCUCGCCAAUGAACGAUGGCUGCUGGUGGCUCGAGUGAAGAGGCUCGAAGUCGUCUGCAUGGGGAGGUCGACGCGUUCGCCAGUCUCGGAGACUUUCAGACCAUCGGAGGCCCUUAUCGAGAAAUGGGGCAGUUUGCCCCCUUUUAUAGAUCUCCCCCAGCCGGAGAACGCGCGGUGGGAGGCGGUUCUGCGUCACCUGGGCGUCCUGACCUUACCGACCCUCGGCUUCUACAUUGACAGCCUACGAAGCGCAAAGAUGGUGGCGACGACCCCUAUGGAGAUCAUCGAAAGCCUGAUGACAGAGAUUGAAGCAAAAGGUACGACGACCGAAAGACGGCAAAAGAUCAUGUCAGAGUUCCGAGACUCCUCCCUCAUCUGCAUCCCGCCCGAGGGUGACCGAGAGUCUCGUCUCUGGACGAGCACGAGUCCGUGUUUCUGGGACGGCGAAUCGUGGCUCAAGCAGUCUUAUGGCUUGGCAAAGCAUUACCCCAACCACGAAUCGCUGUUCCGGAACUGCCUCAUGAUCCCAGACGUCGGGGUCGAGCACAUCAUCAAGGAGGCCAAACGCAUCAGCGAGAGGGGGGACAACACGAUUCCCUACAUCGAGAAGAUCCUCUCCGCCUUGGCGAUCCAUUCCGACUACCAUAUUACGGUGCCGCAGAAGAAAGAGCUCGCGGCCAUGGCCAUCUUUCCCAUCUCGACCGGCCCCGCUGACGGCACCUACCAGUCCCUGUCUUCGAUCAACAGCAAGAAACCGUGGCUGAUCGCGGACCGAGAGGUGUUCAAGACACAGUUCCAGCACCUCUUGCCCAUGCUGGCGUUCAGCGUCCGGUUUGUGCUGAAGAUCCGCAAGUUCCUCCUGGCCCUGGGCCUGGGCGACCGGUGCCUCAGCAAGCUGGCCUCGAGCGUGACGGAGGCCCGCGGGGAGGCUGUGAUCAACAAAGAGCUGACGGAGAAGUACCGGUCAAGGAGUUCUCUCUUCUUCAGACUGAUGCCCGAGGACCAGCCAAACCAGGAGCAAGUGCGCGACAAGUUCCGCAGCAUUGACGUGUACGUGGCGUCGGAGAUCUCGCAGUACUGGACAGCGCCACUCGGGUUCACGCAGGUCCGCAGUACGCUGGCGACGGGCGCGGCGUUUCUCGAGUGCGACUAUGCCGGGGACCUGCGGAUCUACCUGCGCAAGGGCUACGAGACGGAGGCCUACCCCUGCGAGCUGUCGGAGCAGCUGCGGAGCUUCUUCAGCAUUGACAUCGAACAUCGAGAUCUGGUGAGCGUCGUGCUGACGGCGGAAGUCGAUCGGGUCGAGCAGAUAUUCGAUAGCAGGGGUGUCCUGCCGUCGAUACCUGACGAUGACGACCAUGAGGAUGGUGACGCUGAGACGCAGAGCGGCGCCGAUUCUAGGGCCAAGACGGGCAACAACUAUAUUCCCGGGGUGGGCGUCGUUCCUGUCACGACAGGGCCUCGCGCCGGCAGCAGUAGCGGCGAAGCUUCGCGGUUCUCGCGUCUCCUGGGCAAUAGUCGGUUCAGUGCCGCGUUUUACGGCCAGCCGAACAACUCUGGCGAGUCUCUGCCGUCGUACACAGCGGCGAUAGCCAGGUCUACGGGGAGCGCUGCCGGCGCCGGAGCGACAGAAAGACGGACAAUUCCAGGCGCUUACACGCUGCCGUUCCUGCGAGGCGCCUUGAGGGAGCUGAAUUUCCACCAGAAGGAGGGAACCGUCAUCGGUGCGCCAGUCGCACCGCCGGGCUUCCUGGAUCGGGUCAAGACGUUUGCCCAGCGCGACAGUGACCUUGGAGAGCUAUUCGUCGCCGACAUUCUCACGGCGGUUCUGGGCCCUCAGUACGACGCAGGCACCAUGUGGACGUCGCGCUCCAAGAGAAAGGCGGAAGAGGCCGCCUUCAACUUCACAGACGCGCAGGGACGGUUCAGCGCGUUCCUGAUGCGCCUCGACGGGACCUCCGGCAAGGGCCAGGGCUUCAACCGCUUCGUCUACCACAUCGACGUCAAGGCGACAGACAAGCCGCAGACGAAUCACUUCAAGAUAUCGCAGGACGAGCUCAACCGGGUAAGCACAGGUCCCGACAGCAUUCGUCUUUGGAGUUCGACCUCCCCUGCCCGUGGACUAUCUGCUAAUCGUGGCGCUCAGGCCCGUCAGUUUUCCAUUCACAGCAAGGUCGAGUCCAGCCUGCCGGCACCGAUGAAGCACGUCUCGAUCCUGGUGCACGUUUCCGAGCUGCGCAGGGAGCCCAAGAUUCUGUUCCUGGCCGAUCCAUGGGACCUGUUCGCUGAAGGGCAGCUGACGUUGGAAAACGCGUCGAGCUACAAGGCGAGCCUGAAUCUGCGGCCGUGGGUGGGCGCAGCCGGCAACGAGGGGGGGUUCGAUUCUGUCCAGAUCCGAUCGAGAGAUGCUGCUGGCGUUCCUCCUGAUGAUGUGAACACGACCGAGAAGAAGAGCUGGUGA